CGGCAAAAGGCAAGGGUUUUGACCCUUAUGGCCAUAGACGACGGGCAUUUGAGCGGAAGAAGUGGGAGACGACAGCGCUGGCUAGGUUUUCUACCGUAGCCUGGCUGGAUUCCGACGGUUGUGAGCGAAGGGCCUUCGGAAAAAUUCUGCAGCUACAGUGUCUCGAUUCAGUGUAAUAGAUCUAUCAAACUGCUGCUCCAACGCUCCUUCCAUUGGAAGUCGGAAGAUGCAUGCGAUGAAUAAGAAUUCAAAGAGCUCAACCAGGUUGCAAGUUGCUUCUAUGUUUCCUCCACAAGCCUACUCGACAGAUUCAGAGAAUUCAAUGCCAUAAAAAAAGCUUAGUUGAUAAGAAAGUUGGAGAGAAUGAGAAUGAGACUGCAACUCCGAUUAUGUGCGCUUCUAUUUCUCUGAUCAUCUUACAACUUUCAUAAUUAUUAUAUUUUUAUUUUCAUACAGUUGAUCAUUUUCAUAUUUAUUAUACUUUAUUUUCAUACAUUUGAUUAUCAAUUUAGAUGUGAGGAGGGGAAGCUUCAUCAUCGGGGGAGUUUGUAAUUAUGCCUCAGAGCUUGACCAGUAGCUUCGGUCAUCGGGUUAACUUUGCACGAGUCCAUACUAGAAGCUUAUCAGGUACUCCCCCUACUGAUUCAUAAACUCAUGUUUAUCUAUGGAGAUGAGAAGCUACCUACUCUAGCUAUGGAUGCAGAAUCACAGAGGUGCUUGCUCAGCCACAACUCUAUAAGAACAGAAUCAAGCAAAAAAAUAGGGGGGGACAUUGAGAGAGUUUGGUCCACAUUAUUUCUAAUAUUACUGUUCAAGGUGUGAGAACUGGGAGAGCUGUUGCCUCAUUUUUACUGCCUAAAUUUGUGGUUAUUGGGAACAGAGGGAAAAGGCUUAAUGUGUUGUAGUUCCCUGUCGGGAGAAUGAAGGAUUUGAAAGAGAUCUACAUUCCUUCUUUCCAUGCCGAUGUCGUACUUUACCAUUUCAUUGAGUUUGACGCCCAGGUUUCAUACUUCAACUUCUUAUUCACAUUGAAUUUAUCGAAUUUAGUGUCAAAUUUGUGAGCUAAAGAAUUUUUGAUUCUGUCUUUGUAGGUUACAAAAUACAGUGUUCUACCAUCUAUCCCAAUGCUAGAGAAUGUAAAUUAUCACUUAUGCAUACUCUUUAUCACCAUUCACUAAUUUUUACUUUAUUACUUUAUAUGCAUACUCUCUUUAAUUUAUUCAAGCCAGGAGCACUAUCAGCAUUUUUGGAAAUAUAAUUUUUAACAUACUACUUUUAGGAAAUUAAUUACUUUGGUCUUCUUCUACUUCACCGUGGCAUAUUGGUCGUAGAAAAUACUUUUUCUACGAAUAAGGUAUUAGAGUGCAUGAGUUGUGCAUUGUGUUUGCAAGUACAAUUGUGUUUGUUAAGUGCAUGCAUUAUUAAUUUCUCAUUGAUUGUUUAGCUCUUAUCUUGCCUAAUGUUCAGUGCAAGUUUUAUUAAUAAGAGCAAUUGUUAGUAGCUAUUUUUUGAAAAUCACUUUUUUUGUCAAUUGUCCAUAGAAUUUAUAAUAUCUAAAUUAAUGUUUGCAAAUAAAACUCUAGGAACAUUGCCUUAUUCUGCCACGGUUCCAUUAAGCACCAAUAGGCUACCAGCUGUACUUGGUGUAUGUUCUCCUGAAGUCAUUGUCACAUGCGCCUGAAACAAUCGUUCACUUCCCAUCCAGAAUUUCUAUGAGUUUUAGUAUGUUGGGGCAAAGGUCAUUAUACCAAAGGAGCCAAGUUGAUCAUUUCGUUCUAGAUGUUGUUUGAUAAUAAUUUGAGAAUUACAAUUGUCUUCAAGGUCAUUAUUCAUUUUAUUUUCUUUCAAUAUUAGAUUUUUUUAUUUCUUUUUUAAUACAAAGCAUAUUUAUUUGCUCAAACGAAGUAUCAUCUCUUUUGUUGACAAGUCUUUAUUGAUGAAUCCACAUGCUCAGUUAUUAUAUGAAUUUUCUGCAAAAAAAAUUAUUAUAUGAAUUUUCAUGAUUUUUAAAAGCUUUGCAAGCUUUCUAUCCACUUACCAGGCUCUUUGGUUACAUCUAUUGAAUUGAGGUUUGCCUUUUGGUUUGGAACUAGCAUGCUAGAUCACCUUGCAACCCAGAUAGACACUCUAAUCUCUUAAGAGGCACCAAAGAAGGCAAGUCUGGCUUUUGGCGGUUGUACUUUUGAGGAUGUUUUGUUAUUUUGGAAGCUUAUGUAUGUAUUUAUGUUUUGCAGAGAUUUUGUGUGUCAAAUUUACACUUUUUAAUGAAAUUAUUUUUUUAUUUUGUGUUGUGGAAAGAUUAUAUGGAGUAUCUUUUUCAAGAUGUUAUAAGAAAAUAAGAAUGGUUAAUACCUGGAGUACGUUUUAGCCACUCUACCUCAAAAGUAUAUUACAAAGUACUUUUAUAUGAUUUUCACACUCUGUGUGUUGGAUUCUUUUUUGGGCGAGAGAGAUGGGUUUGAUCCAUUCUCAAAGUUGACAAUGGUUAAGUCGGACGGCUGAUAACAUGCAAAAGAGAUUAGUAUCCUGAGAAUAGAGUAUGUUGUAUCGGGAUAGGAUCGGAACGAUAACUCUGUCAAUGGACGAUGAUUAAAUUCCUCUAAUCUUUCAGUGUUCCCGCCCAUUUUUAUACCCGUGAGAUUUUGACCGCACAUUCGGAUAAAAAAUCUUCCCACAUCCUCACUCAUUUUAGAUGUCGAGUACUGGAGAAGCUUUUCGUCCGGCAUACUCACUCAUCUUCUGGGUUUCUAGGGUUUUUUGAACGGCUUCGCGAGGUCUGGGGUUUCGCACGAGAGAAGCUUUGGAGCACUACUGGCGAUUUUGGUCUGGGAUUUCGCACGCGAUUUUGGAGUACACGGAGAUAAACCUAAAGCACAUCCCAAGCAACAAGGCAUAGAGAGAGAACUACGGGAGGUAGACUUUUCAAUCAGAUGGGGUGCAGUGACGACACAGCGGCGGUCGAGCAUCGGUGACAGAGGAGGAACUGUGAUGGAUUCUAGGAGGGGUAUUGUCGAAGGGGCUUCUUCUGGCAGCCGCGCUUCACACAGCGCAGAUCGGAAAGGGAAAGAGAGGGAGUACUCUAUCGACCAGAAUGAAAACAGAAAUGACAGGCAGACCUCUAGGAACAAACGCAUCUUGAGGGAGAGGUGAAGGUGAAGGUCAUGGUUGCAGGAGUACAAUCAACUAUUCAUCAUCUUUCUCAACAUUGGCCCAUUGGCUACGGAACUAAAUAAAAAAAAGUAUCCAUGUUGCAAUGACCUAGGGUUAUAACCCCAGCUAUGGAUUUUAACGAGAAAGACGUUGGCCAACUGCAGUUGAAGAAAAGGAAUUGGUUUUGAUGAGCAAUGCUCACUGUGUGUUCGACGAAAUGACUCACAUGGCCGCUGGGAUUCCCGGUGUGCUCCCAAUAAAUGACCAGAGCAAAGAAACUGUCGGGGCCUAAUGGGAUGGGAGUGGCAACAACCAUUUCACUGAAUUGUAAUAGUUAAGAAUCAUUACAAUAAGUAUAAUGAGGGAUAUGGUAAUUAAGAUUCAAUUUUAUUUGAUUCCAUCAUCGUCCUCGGAUUUUAGGGGUGAGAAGGUCGAAUGGGAAACUACGGUGGGUUGAUUUCAAUGCCGAUGAGGAGAGAUUGCAGAAGUUGAGCUUGAGGAAGAACAGAGACUUGAGCUGGAAGAGAAAGCUCUUACUCCUGUUCUCAAAGAUAAAACUGGUGAAGCUUCUUGCAUACUCACACAUUUUGGAUGUCCACACAUUACUCCAUGAUAAGAGAAAGCGCGAGAGAGAAGCUAAGGCACUGGGAUUUCGCUCAUACGGCUUCGCGAUUUUGGUCUGGUGGCUUCGGUACUUCAUUCUCCUUCUUAGAAUUGUAUGGUGGAGAGGCAGUGGGGUACACUCUUUGGUGUAUUUCGGAAACACAAGGAUGAACAUUAUUUCGAGAGCCCAGAUGCGGCUGGCUAAGCUUGAUGAGUUACGCCAAGCAUCAAAGAAGGUUGCAGAAAUGCGGUUCAGGGAAGAACGGGCUGAGUUGGGAAACAAAGUGGCAUCACGCGUUCAGCUGGCAGAGGCCAAUAGGAUGCUCAUCCUUAAGGCUUCUCAUCAAUGGAGGGCUACCUUGAGGGAGAAGACAUCUCAAUCAUUAUCACGAAGAAUGGCUCGAGAAAGCAAGUAUAAGGGACAUGUAUGCUCAGCGAUUCUCCAGAAGCGUGCUGCACCAGAGAAAUUGCAAACGGGGUUGCUGGAAGACGAGAAAGGGGAGGCUUGUGGGAAUGACUUUUAAUGUGAGACUCCUCAAACAGUUCCCUUUUAGGAUUGAUCCCAGGAGGCUUGAAACACAAUUUGAAUAUAAUGAACCGGUUUGAUUUGAUCAAUGGAAUUCUUCAUCGGUGCCUUUUUCAUCAAAUGGCAUUUUAAAUGAUACUCUUAGAAGAGAAACUUAUGCACCAACAAAUGUUGAAGUUAUUUAUGCUGAUGGUUCAAAUGAUAAAAAGUGGAGCUGCCGAGACUUUCCCUUGACAAAAGAUAUUGAGGUUAACAACAAGAAAAAAUUUGGAAAUCACUCUCUUCGCCCCAAACAAAGAGAGGUGAUCAAUGCCAACAUGUCUGGAUAUGAUGUAUUUGUUUUAAUGCCAACUCGGGGAGGGAAAAGUUUGACCUACCAGGUGAUACUAUGUAUCUCUUUAUCAAGUAUUCCAUUUGUUCUUAAUAACUACAAGAAAGCAUUUAAACCUUG